AUGCUGAUGGACAGGGACCCGGUGAUUGCAACCCUCGAUAUCGAAUACAACGAGCUGACCGCCAACUGGAAAUAUUUUUAUGAAGCCGUCGAGCCCAGCGACCUCGGUGUCGGUGAGGCUUGUCGUCCCGACUCCGCCGCCGAACUCGUUGCUUUCGUGCAAGAGGCGCAGAACAGCAGCAGCAGUAACGUCGCCGCUCUAUGUAGUCGCUUCUGCAGUUCGUUGGAUGUCCACCGGGUACUCCUGUUGCCCUUACCCGCAGGCGAGAUCUAUCUGUCGCUGUUUCAUGGCGUGCUUCAGUCCCUCAUCAAGGCGUCCGCCGCGUAUCCCCGGAUCAUGGAACGGCUUUUGCAGGCCCUCGUCGAGGUCGGCGAGGCCAUUCACUCAUCACAGGAACAACAACAGCACCACCACCAGCGUCCUCUACCGUCUAUCGUGGUACGGAUCUAUUCGUUGACCUUCCUGCUGCUCGGCGAGCUCAUGAACUGGUAUAUCUGCAUGGCCAAGUGCCGGCUGCUCGGCAGUCACCACUACGAUUUAUACGAGGACGUUCGCACCCUAGUCGCCAGCGUCCGACGGAGUACCUGCUCACUCAAUCUCGGCGGCUGCCACAACGGUGACCAGAUGGACUGCGACGAAGACCCUACGCCGCCAAGCCCUUGGGAAGCCUCCAGGCUGCACCAGAUCGGUCUGCAGGGCCAGGACCGCCGGCUUGCAUGUCAGAACGCCUUGACCCGGCGCCUGAUCUGGGACAUCCAGUGCGACGCCGCGCAGCGGAGCGCCCUUGUCAACGAGCGGGAGGCGCUGUUGUCCCGCUUCCUCGAGGCCAUCACGAGUCGGCUCCAACCGGUCGACGGGGAGAAGGAGAAAAAUGAAAAUGACGAGACGUCAAACAGCAGGACUGUGUGUUUGUUGACGUCGACAGCAGCAGACCUGGACCACCCUCGCUUCGAGUGGAAACACGGCUCCAAGCGCAAGCUGAGGAGGAGCCAGCUCCAGCUGGCCUCGAAACACUUCCAAUCCUUCUUCGACGACCACGAUCAACGCCUUGACUUCGACGUCGACGUCGACACGGACCCGGACCACCGUGAUCUGCCUGUAGAGCAGUCGGUAUUUGCCUCGCUGCAUCAAUGGGUUGUGAACCCACAGAUCCUCUCGAUAGGAGGAGACCCGACCAUGAACAGCACAGGGCAAACGUAUGUCCUUUCCACCCCGAAACUCAUCUCCGCCUAUUGCGUGCAUGCAGCCCGCACGACGAACAUUCCUCUCAUCUCGCACUUCUGCACCCUUCCAGUCCCGCCGUCCGAGACAAAGGCAUCGUCAUCUUCAUCACCAGCAUCAGCAUCCCAGGGUCUGAUCAGGUUGGCCUACAGCCUCAUCCGCCAGCUGAUCAACCACCUGCCACCCGUGUUCGACUGCGACGCCGGCUCCGAUCUAAGCAGCGAGCGGUUCCGUCGCUUCGACGGCUCGCUCAAGGUCUGGGCCGACACUUUGUCCCUACUGGAUAGUCUCUUGUCUGCUGCUCCGCCGCUGCUGCUCUGCGUGAUCGACGGCGUCGACGUCCUUCUUGCCCAGGACGAAGACGAGCAGAGGACGAGAGAGUAUCUCUUCGCGUUGUUGCGAGUGCUGCGCACCUUUGCCUCCAGGAACAGACUCAAGGUUUUGUUGACUCUGAGGUGUGACCCGUCUGUUUUGGCCUAUAACCUAUAA